GAGUUGGCUGAGCAAAACACGACUGACCCCUAACGCUAACGUAUGAGAUAUAAUGUAUUGAAUUGAGUUUUUUUGGGAGACGUGGAGAAAAUCAAUGCCUAUUAUAAUGCAAUACAAAACACAUAUACAGAUAGAUGGUGAUGUCAACGAUAUUGUGAACAACACGUUAGCUAUUAAAGUCAUUUAAGUCGACAAAACUAAUUGUGUUAAGAGAGACAUCACUUGCAACUGACUGGACAUCACUCUAACACAAAGUGAUCACCAGUUCAUCUAAAUUGGAGACAAUAUCUUUGUCAUCGCAGAUAUUGUCUAAAACCAACCGAUCGUAAGUGCUUUUGUCGGCACACAAUCAGAUCAGUUGAUUAACUUAAGAGAAACAAAUGGCGAUUAAAUUUUUAGAAAUAAUUAAACCGUUUUGCGGUAUUUUGCCCGAAGUGGCAAAACCCGAACGAAAGAUCCAGUUUCGGGAAAAAGUCUUGUGGACGGCUAUUACACUCUUUAUAUUUUUAGUUUGCUGUCAAAUCCCUCUGUUCGGUAUAAUGUCCUCCGAUUCGGCCGAUCCUUUCUAUUGGAUGCGAGUUAUUCUGGCCUCCAAUAGAGGAACACUCAUGGAGUUGGGUAUAUCACCCAUUGUGACGUCGGGUCUUAUUAUGCAGCUGUUGGCCGGCGCUAAGAUUAUUGAAGUCGGCGACACACCGAAGGACAGGGCACUCUUCAACGGCGCACAAAAGUUAUUCGGUAUGGUUAUCACCGUCGGUCAGGCCAUUGUUUAUGUAAUGACUGGGAUGUAUGGCGAUCCGGCUGAUAUCGGCGCCGGUGUCUGUCUGUUGAUUAUCAUUCAGCUGUUUGUCGCCGGUCUUAUCGUACUGUUAUUGGACGAACUCUUGCAAAAGGGUUAUGGCUUGGGCUCCGGUAUUUCAUUGUUUAUCGCUACCAACAUCUGCGAGACUAUCGUUUGGAAAGCCUUUAGUCCGGCCACUGUCAACACUGGCAGAGGUACCGAAUUCGAAGGCGCCAUCAUUGCUCUGUUUCAUCUGUUGGCCACUCGACAGGACAAGAUUCGCGGCUUACGCGAGGCCUUCUAUCGACAAAAUUUGCCGAACCUAAUGAACCUGUUGGCCACAAUACUUGUGUUCGCUAUAGUUAUAUACUUUCAAGGCUUUAGAGUGGAUCUGCCGAUUAAGUCGGCCCGAUAUCGUGGUCAGUAUAGCUCGUAUCCGAUCAAACUGUUCUACACGUCCAACAUUCCAAUUAUUCUUCAGUCGGCUCUUGUGUCAAAUCUUUACGUCAUUUCUCAGAUGUUGGCCGUAAAGUUUAGCGGAAACUUUUUGGUCAAUUUGCUGGGCGUGUGGGCCGAUGUUGGAGGCGGUGGACCGGCCAGAGCCUAUCCGAUCGGUGGACUCUGUUACUAUUUUUCGCCACCAGAAACGUUAGGCCAUAUUGUUGAAGAUCCCGUUCACGCCGUACUCUACAUAGUCUUUAUGUUGGGUUCCUGUGCUUUCUUCUCCAAGACAUGGAUUGAAGUCUCGGGUUCGAGUGCUAAGGAUGUCGCCAAACAAUUGAAAGAACAACAGAUGGUUAUGAGAGGUCACAGAGAAAAAUCAAUGAUCCACGAACUGAACCGUUAUAUACCGACUGCUGCCGCUUUUGGUGGUCUAUGUAUCGGUGCUCUCUCUGUAUUGGCCGACUUUUUGGGCGCAAUCGGUAGUGGUACCGGUAUUUUACUGGCCGUUACCAUUAUUUAUCAAUACUUCGAGAUAUUUGUCAAAGAGCAAAGCGAAAUGGGCGGUAUGAGUACAUUAUUAUCAUAGUUAUAUUUAGUGACCAUAUUUUGUAAUCGGGUCACUGAAGAGAUUACCGAUUAAUUAUUAUUAUAAAAAAAUCGUUACGAAAAAAUCCAAAAAUUUGAAAUACAAAAUAU